ACUUUGAGUGAAUAUCACACAUGCAACACCUCAUCAUGUUGUGGCUGUAAAGACUGAACUGAGCAAAGGAAAUCCUGUCUUAACAUCGCUGCGUCUGUAAAACACACGUGUAAGGUCUGACCCUGAGUGGGCGAGAUGGAUUCUUUCAAAUGGCCUCUGCUUUUUGUGUGCUUUUACUUUAAAGUUACUCAAACUGAAGCCUCCUCUUGGACAGCUAAGGUGCCGCCCACAGUUAAAGGUCUCCCUGGAUCCUGUGUGGUGAUCCCCUGCUCCUUUAACUACCCAGAUCCAGGCAAGAAGAUCACUGAAUUCACUGGGAUUUGGGCCAAAGAGGAGACGCAUGAGCUCAUCUAUCACCCGAACGAGGCCAAAAUGAUGCAGCUGUAUCGCAAUCGGACAGCGCUGCAGGGAGACAUCACACAGAAGAGCUGCACUCUGAAGAUUGAUCCCCUUCAACAAAGUGACCGAGGGCCUUUUUAUUUCAGGAUCGAAAUGGCAGACCACGGGAAGUAUUCUUACAAAGAGAACACCGUCUCCAUUAUAAUGAUUGGGGAACUAGAUCCCAUCCAUUUCGCUAUGAAAGAGGAGGUAGUGGCGGGUCAAGCUGUGUCUGCGACCUGCUCUGUGUCUCACUCCUGCCCCGCCUCUCCUCCUGUCUUCACCUGGAGUCACCCUGGAGAGCCACAGGUCCAAUCGCAUCACCUCGACAACGGCCAGUGGACGGCGACAUCUACUCUGCGCUUUCACCCCACCAGCGCUGACCACGACAAGCCUUUACAGUGCACCGUAACAUACCAUGGAGGGCAGCACCACAAAACAUCCAGGAUCCUCAAAGUAAAACACUCCCCAGUGAACGUGAAGGUUGAGCACAAGUCCGACGUAAAGGAGGGAGAAGCUGUGCAGCUGAGAUGCUCCAGUGAUGCUCACCCUACUGCCAGCAGCUACGAGUGGCAUAAUGAAGCCAAUGCUCAACUGCAUCAAGGAAAAGUCUACACGCUGCCAAAUGUCUCCAGACACUCAGGACCUCUGUACUGCAUUGCCAUCAACGAAGUAGGACGAGGCAAAUCAAGCCCUGUUCGGCUCAAUGUGUUAUAUGCCCCUGAGAUUAAGACGGUCUCUACCUGCUCCUCAGAGGCAGAUAAGAUAAAGUGUGUGUGCAUUGCAGAGUCCAAGCCUGCCAGCAUGAUCCAUUUUGUGCUCUCUAAUCGAGUCCUGCCAAGCACCAAGGUGGAGAAACACAGCUCCGUUACCAUCGGGACUCUGGAGGCAGAGUUAGGAUCUUUUCAGGUUAUCUACUGUCUGGCAAACAACACGCUGGGCAACGCCAGCCUCACACUCUCGUUACCUGUUGACAGUAAGAUGCAGAAUCUUUAUACUGUCAUCGCUUCUGGAGCAGGCGGGAUUUUGUUGAUGCUCUUCAUAACAAUUGGAAUUGUUAAAAAAUGCAGAGGGAGAUCUCAGGACGCACCAACACCUCAUACGAGCACCGUGAAGGCAGAACAAGAUGUGGCGCUCCCUCAGUAUGCUGUGACAAACAGAAAAGAGAAGAGUUAUGAUAAUGAUGAACAUUGCGCUGGAUUUUAUGCCAAUGAACAUGUAUAUGGCAACAUGGAGACUGACGAUGAUGAUGCCAUAUAUGCCAAUGUGUAACAUAUUCAUUGGAAGAACAGCUGCAGUCCCUCGGUGUGUUGUCCAACUGAUGUGGGUCAAGAAAGCUGUAAAAAUAUUGAUAUCGUCUGUAUAAAUGACAUACAUUUUAUUUUUCUGUCUCCUGUAAUUCACAUAUUUUUUGAAAAAAGUUAUUCAUGUCUAAAAAUACAUGUAACUUUUCCCUGACUGAUCACCAUGUGUUGUGAAAAAUCCCCAUUAAAGGUACUAUAUGUAACAAUUUGUAUUAACAAUUGCCAUUGUGUGAACAGAUUGUAAUGUAACUUACAAAUUGAGACCUUCCAAAACUUUCUCGGUUGCCUAUAAGAGCCUGUAGACUGAUUUAUAUGUAAAGGACUCGGGACGGUUUUGCAUCUUAACAUUAGCUGAUGAAGUAAUUUGCAAAUGGCAAGCUAGUUAGUAUCAUGGAGAUUGGACAUUAAAGGGGAUAUAUGAUUGUAAUAUAAUGUCACUUCACUCUUUUGGCCAAUGCCCAGGAUGAUCGCUCGAGCCUACGGAGUGCGAGCAACAGGAUGCUGACUGCAGUUCACUUAACGGCCACCGGUGUCGUUAAUAACAAGGAUUUAACAAGGAUUUUCGGAAAGUUACAUAUAGUACCUUUAAACUGUCAUUUUCUACUUGCAAAUAUGUUUAACUCUUAAUUUUCCUACUGUAUACUCAGUCACCCAAUAACAACACAUCUUGCACAAGUCACACCUUUUGAACUUCCUCUUUAGCAGGUAUGAUUGCUUUAUCAGAGUGACAGCUAAGAACCUAGCUGUCAAAGUUGUGAAAUGCCAGCUUUCUGCUGAAAAACACGAACUGUUAAGUACAGCUAAAGUGUUGACCCAUUUUGUGCACUGCUAAAAAAAAGCAACAUGGUCGCUGUGUUCUGUCCCAUCGCAGCAGCCCAACAACUGAGCAUACUGUAUAUGUGCACUUGCCUCAGAAAAUAGUAUUAUGUCAAAACAUUCAAGGAAGAAUCAUUUUAACGCCAUAUUAACUGACUACUUUUACUGUAAAUAAAUUUACUGUGUGUAUCUAUAUGAACACAUGCAAUACAGAUAGUGUUCACUCAUUCAUCAACUACAACAAGUGGGGAAGUGAAAAUAUUCUGUGUGAACUCAGGUCAAUGUGGGUGGAAAAACCCUUGUGUGGCUUCAGAGCGUGUUAAUGGUAAAUUGACAGGAAAGCAAAGGGGAAGCUGGUCACCAUCUUAGCUGCUAGAUAAGAAGUGAUUAUCACACAUUUCAAACACGGAAAUGCCCAAUGCCCUAUUCUAACCUCAGCACAAGCCAUCAAAUGAUCAUGAACUGUAAACACAAAUUCACUUCGGGGGAUAUAUUAUCCCUCAAUUAACAGCCCAAACAUCUUUGUAAUAUUUAUAAAAAUGUGGACAAAAUGCCCCAGAGGCUUGUCCCCAUACACCCGUUAGUUUUUAUGCUGUCCUAUUUAUAUAUUGCUGUGUAAAAAUGAUUAAAUGACAAAAACGG